CUAGGCAUGCAGACUGAUUCUACAAACAUUUGUGAAAGAAUGGGUCGCUCUCAAGAGCUCAGUGAAUUCAAGCGUGGUACCGUGAUAGGUUGCCACCUGUGCAAUAAGUCCAUUAGUGAAAUUUCCUUGCUACUGAAUAUUCCACGGUCAACUGUUAGUGGUAUUAUGAGAAAAUGGAAGCAACAGUAACUUAGCUAUGAAUUAGUUGGCCUGCCACUGGACUCUAGAGCAGUGGAGAAUUGUUCUCUGGAGUGAUGAAUCACACUUUUCUGUCUGGCAAUCCGAUGAGCAUGUCUGGGUUCUGCAGUUGCCAGGAAAACGGUACUUGCCUGAUUGCAUUGUGCAGUGUAA